AUGGCUGAUAGAGGAGGAUGUGGAGGCCGAGGUGGAGGUACUGUGCUAUGGGCAGAAUAUCAGGAAUUGUUGAGGAGAUUCAAUGAAAUGGAACAACUGGUGGGUCAUCUCUCCUACUUCAAACAAGAAUCAGUUACUCAUGGAAGUGAGAAAUCGAGUGAAGAAAGUGUAAAUCCUUUCCACAACCUAAGGGAUAACCCUUCAGUGGAGGAUAGAGCAUUGGCAUAUGUUCUCUUAAGAAGCAUGGGAGAACCGCAAGGGUGCGUGUUAAACCAGAAGUCUGAGAUAGAAGAUUAUGAAGUUGAGACUAGUGACUGGACAGAGAGUGAAGGAUAUAUGGAAGCAGUCAACAGUCCUGUAGUCACACCAGUGCCAGGAACUGGUGGCAGGCGUUAUUCGCGGGCAAAGGUUUCUAAAAUCAGAAGAUCUAUACCUCAAAGUCCUUCAUUGAAUGACAGUUCACCUUCUAAGAAUACUUUGACUCCUGUUGGUACCUGCCGUUAUGACAGCUCACUAGGCUUGUUGACAAAGAAAUUCAUUACGUUAAUAAAACAAGCAGAAGGUGGGAUCCUUGAUCUGAAUGAGGCUGCUGAUACUUUAGAGGUUCAAAAGAGGAGAAUCUACGAUAUAACAAAUGUUCUGGAAGGAAUAGGACUUAUAGAGAAAACAUUGAAGAACAGAAUACGUUGGAAGGGACUUGAAGAGUCAAGGCCUGGGGAGCUAAUCAAUGGAGUUGCAAUGCUUCAGGCUGAAGUCGAGAAUAUGAGCAUUAAGGAGCACAAACUCGAUGAUAGCAUAAGAGAUAAGCAAGAGAGGUUGAGGAUUCUCAGCGAAGAUGAAAACAAUAAAAAAUGGCUAUAUGUGACUGAAGAAGAUAUCAAGAGCCUUCCUUGCUUUCAGAAUGAGACACUCAUCGCAAUAAAGGCACCUCAUGGCACCACUCUGGAGGUCCCAGAUCCUGAUGAGGCCCCUGAUUAUCCACAAAGGCGAUACCAAAUGCUCCUUAGGAGCACUAUGGGCCCAAUUGAUGUCUACUUAGUCAGUCAAUUUGAUGAGAAGAUUGAGGACAUGAAUAACAUAGAGUCUCAACCCAUAGACAUGAUCCCUACUUCUGUAGUCAGUAACAACAGCAGAGUACAGCCAGAGUUUCCUGCGAUGGGCUUAUUGAAAGAUAUGGGGCAUGUUCAAGAUGGUCAAACUACGUCGUCUAGUUCAUGCAACUCACAGGAUCUUGCAGGUGGAAUGAUGAAAAUUGUACCAUCUUACGUAAAUCUUGAUGCUGAUUACUGGCUUUCAGCAGAUGCUGGAGUCAGCAUGACUGAUAUGUGGAAGAGUGGAUCUAGUGUUGCAGUUCAUGAAGAUGAAAGAAUUAAUUUGGACAAGUAUCCAGUGGCAGAUUCAGGAGUUUUACAGCGACAUAUCCCAUCAUCUUGUAAUCAUGAGCCCAAGACCUAUGUGACUAGAUUAGCUUGCUGGUCUGAGGAGGUUGGUGCCUGGAGCAUGUAAAGAAUUUGACAACUAAUGGUGCAAUGGACUCAAACCACAAGAAGCAACCGAUGCAUCGAUUGAGAGGAUGUUGAUUCCCAGCCGAUCUUCAGCUUUAAAGAGAAGGUUAAAUGUGUAAACAAAAUUGAAUGGCAUGGCGAAUAAGUUCGCAUUUGGCUUGGGUUCUUGUUAAUAGUAAGCUUCCACUGAAAAUGUGGUUUUGUUAAAUUCCAUGGAUUGCCUGAUAUUAAUGGAAAGUUUGGAAUUGGAAUGUUCGUCA